CUUGGUGGUGGGGGAAGGUCUUUAUAUAAAUAUGCUUAUUUAACUUCUGUUAAUCGACCACUAACACCCGUGCUUCAAGUUAAUGACACACCUUUCAAACCCACCCCUACGUGCGUAUAAAAUAUCUGCUGGGGUUGGGAAGGUUCCCAUUGAUUUCCCUGCUGUGGAGAGGGAGACAUCUCCAGACAAUCGCAGCGACAAUUGCGGCUCUUCCCACUCACCAGUUUGUGUGAAAAAAAACCCCGAUACAGCAGGGUGAGGAUGAAUGAAAACAAAGGCGGCCGUGAGAGGGCGCAGUGGGGGACCAAGGCUGACUAUCUCCUCAGCUGUGUCGGCUUUGCGGUUGGUCUUGGCAACGUCUGGAGAUUCCCAUACCUGUGCCAGACGUACGGUGGAGGUGCAUUCCUCAUCCCAUAUUUCAUCUGCCUGGUGGUGGAGGGAAUACCAAUCAUCCACCUGGAGCUUGCCAUCGGCCAGAGGCUGAGGCAAGGCAGCGUGGGAGUGUGGAAUGCCAUUCACCCACUGCUAGGAGGCCUAGGCAUAACGUCCAUGCUGAUCUCUUUCCUCGUGGGUGUCUACUACAACGCCAUCCUCGCGUGGAUUCUCUGGUACUUCUUCAACUCAUUUGAGGAGCCCCUGCCGUGGAAGAACUGCCCACUCAAUGAGCAAGGAGAUGAUUACCUGCCAGAGUGCUUGCGGAGCCAUCCGGUGGACCACUUCUGGUACCGUGAGACGCUAAACGUGACUGGCACGCUGGAAGAGAGUGGGGGCAUCCAGUGGUGGCUCGGGCUGUGCCUCAUGGCGGCGUGGGCCGCAGUCUACCUGUGCACGCUCCGUGGCAUCGAGAGCACAGGCAAGGCAGUGUACGUGACGGCCACGUUCCCCUACGUGAUUCUGCUGUGCUUCCUGGUGAGGGGACUCACGCUGGAGGGAGCGACCGACGGACUCGCGUACCUCUUUACUCCCAAGUUGGAGGUUCUGAAGAACCCGCGGGUCUGGCUCGAUGCGAGCACGCAGAUAUUCUACUCCCUGGGCCUCGGCUUUGGAGGAAUGAUGGCGUUCUCCAGCUACAACCCCAUAGAAAACGACUGCGAGAGGGAUGCUGUGACCAUCGCGUGCAUCAACAGCGCCACAUCGCUAUUCGCCUCCAUUCCCAUCUUCAGCAUCCUGGGCUUCAAGGCCACGACGGCUUUCACCGGAUGCCUGGACGGAAACAUCCUCAAGCUGACCAACGAGUUUGACCUGGCCGAGGGGAAUGUCACGCGAGACUCCUACCACGUUGCCCUCGCCUCCCUCAACUCCACGUGGCCCCAGCGUGUCCACUCACUUGGCAUGCUGACGUGCAACCUGCAGCAGAAUCUCAACCAGGCAGCGUCAGGAACUGGACUUGUGUUCAUCGUUUUUACUGAAGCAAUACUGAGCAUGCCCGGAUCACAGGUGUGGUCCGUGCUCUUCUUUGUCAUGCUCUUCAUGCUCGGGCUCUCCUCCAUGUUCGGCCACAUUGAGAGCAUCCUCACUCCACUGCUCGACCUACACGUCUUCCCGGCCAGGUUCCCCAAUGAGGCGAUCUCAGGUCUGAUCUGCGGUGUUAGCCUCCUCAUCAGCCUGCUGUUCACGCUGGGUUCUGGCAGCUACUGGCUCAUUGUGUUUGACAGCUACGUGGGCUCCCUACCGCUCCUCUUCACUGCCAUGAUCGAGCUCCUUGCGGUCAUCUACAUCUAUGGCUACCACAGGUUCAGCAGUGACCUGGAGUUCAUGACAGGCCGCAGGCCUAACCUCUACUGGCGGGUGACGUGGUGCGUGAUCAGCCCCCUGCUCCUGGUCAUCAUCUUCAUAGCCUAUGUGGCCAUGCAGUCCAGCACUCCCUUCACCUACGAGACUUGGAACCCGGACUACGACAAGUUUCCGGAGAAGCAGGUGAGGCCGUACCCACCUUGGAUGGCGGCGGUGGUGGUGCUACUGGCCAGCGUGCCCUGCCUAAGCCUCCCACUGGUGGCCCUCUACCGGCUCGCUCAGGGCGGGUGGCCUCCACAGACUCCUCCUCUUCCUCCUCCUGGGGGCCUCAACAUGGGGGACCCUGCCGACUUUGGUGGCCCCAGCACGCGGCUCUGAGUGAGCGGCCGUAACGUGCGAUGCCACGUCAGUUUGACAAGGCGGGUGACCCGAGGUUAUUUUGCUGAGUCAACGUCACGACGCAUUCGGUUUGGUUUUGGGGGUCCAUUCCUCCUUCUCCCUGUGCCCAAUCCCGUUGCUGGUCCAUCUCCCUCGUUUUACCCCUCCACUGGAAUCAACUUCUCCCUGUACAACAAGCACCAUUGCCCAUAGAUUCAGCACUGCCCAUAGACUCAGCACUGCACCAUAGACUCAGCGCUGCACCAUAGACUCAGCGCUGCAUCAUAGAGCUCAGCGCUGCACCAUAGAGCUCAGCAGUGCACCAUAGACUCAGCGCUGCACCAUAGAUAAUAAAGGUUUUUGGGUUAGAUCGCGUACGUAUAAAUGUCGUAACCCUCCACCACC